AUGAUUGGAGUUCAGGCUAAUUACGACAAACUGCUCCCGACCGCCGAAACAAGAGUAACCCCUAGCGACGACCUGCGGCUCACUUUCCCGGUACGUGACGGCGUCGUGUUAGAGCCGUUCAGACUGGAGCACAACCUGGCCGUCAGUAACCACGCCUUCCAGCUGAGAGACUCUGUGUACAAGACGCUCAUGUUGAGGCCGGAUCUGGAGCUGCAGUUUAAGUGUUAUCACCACGAGGACAGACAGAUGAACACUAACUGGCCCGCAUCUGUACAAGUGAGUGUUAAUGCCACUCCUUUAUCUAUCGAGAGAGGCGACAACAAAACCUCCCACAAGCCUCUCUACCUGAAGCAGGUCUGUCAGCCGGGACGCAACACGGUGCAGAUCACAGUAACGGCCUGCUGCUGCUCGCACCUGUUUGUGUUACAGCUGGUCCACCGGCCGUCGGUCAGGUCUGUGCUGCAGGGUCUGAUGAAGAAGAGACUGCUGCCGGCCGAGCACUGCAUCACCAAGAUAAAGAGGAAUUUCAGCAGCGGGACGAUUCCCGGGACCCCCGGGCUGAACGGAGAAGACGGAGUCGAGCAGACGGCCAUCAAAGUUUCUCUCAAGUGUCCGAUCACGUUCAGACGGAUCCAACUGCCGGCCAGAGGACACGACUGCAGGCACAUACAGUGUUUUGAUUUGGAGUCGUACCUGCAGCUGAAUUGUGAAAGAGGAACCUGGAGAUGUCCUGUCUGCAAUAAAACGGCGUUGCUGGAGGGUCUGGAGGUGGACCAGUACAUGCUCGGGAUCCUCGUCUACAUCCAGAAUUCGGACUACGAGGAGAUCACCAUCGACCCGGUUUGUGGCUGGAGGCCGGUGCCCGUUAAACCAGACCUGCACAUAAAGGAGGAGCCGGACGGUCCGGUGCUGAAACGCUGCCGCACCGUCAGCCCGAGUCACAUGGUCCUGCCCAACGUGAUGGAGAUGAUCGCCGCUCUGGGGCCGGCGUCGUCUCCUUACCAGAGUCUGACAGCAGGGGGCAGAAACACCCCCGACUACAACCGGCCAGGGAGUCAGCAGGGCUUCUCCAGCCAAUCAGGAUUCACAGACUUCCCCAACACUCCCGGCACUCCGACGCUGGGAGAGUACUCCUCCUCUGGACCUCCUCCUCCUCUGUCCUACCAGUCUGAUCAGGCUCCUCACUCGGGCCGGCUCGAACACUCCCACGGCCUCCUGCAGCAGCACGGCUCCGGUGUCCAUGGCAACCAGAGCCUCGGCGACGCCGGAAGCCCGCUCCCGCCGAGGAACGCCAACUCCCAGAAUUCCCGGCUGCAGCCCGAAGGCGCCUUCGGUCUGGGAGGCCCAGGAGCACCCGGAGGAGACGGAGCCGAUCAUUCAUUAGAUCUUCUUCCUGAGCUGACCAACCCAGACGAGCUGCUGUCGUACCUCGGACCCCCCGACCUCCCCAACAACAGCAGCGACGACCUGCUGUCACUGUUCGAGAACAACUGA